AUGGCCGCCGGACGACUCCGGAUGCUCUCCCGGUGGGUUCGACCAGUAACGACCCCCUCAGCGUGCAACCUCAAACCAGUGGCGCCCCAUCCUUCCACGGCGUUUUGUCGCUCUGCCAGCAACAGACGUGUGGGGACGACACACGGAGCUAAAACUAGACCCCGCAGAAAUUAUGAUGACGAUGACAAUUUCACCAUGGAGGACGUAGAGGACAAAGUCAACGCUGUGCUGGAAGAGGUUAUAAAGAAGCAGAAGAUCAUCAAAUACAACAUAAUGCGCAGAAAGAUGACACCAUCAGGCGCUCCGGAAAGGAACUUGACUUGGGAAGCCAUAGAGACCAUCCGGUACCUUAAGUCUGAAAACCCAGACGAAUGGACGGUGGAACGUCUGUCUGAAGGAUUCUCGGUCAGCACCGAUGUGAUCCGAAGGGUGCUCCGGACCAAGUUUAGCCCGGCGCCUCACAGGAGAGCCGUGCAGGAUGCCAAGGUAAUGUCCAGACUCCAGCAGCCAGCAUUGCCUCUGUGUUCAGCAGCGACAGAUCAAAACAAACAGACCCUGCAAGCAGGUCAUUCACUACGUCAGCUCCUGUCUCCUGGAAACCCGGAAGCUGCUUCAAUUCCCGUGUCACUACUUACGGCUGAAGCCCCAACUAAAGCUUCAGCUCUAGUUACGGUUCCGGUAAUGCUGCCAAAAUGUCACAAAGAUUCUGCAGUGCCAACAACAAGGCCGGCCCAGGUCACCUCAGCCCAAACUGAUAUGGUAGAGGAGGAGGAGGAGGAGGAGGAGAUGUGGGAUGGACAGGUGUUGUCUGAGGAAGACCUCGACGAGUUUAGGGACAGUAAGCCUGCACCUGUGCUUCGAGAUGGUAAUGAUUUCUUUGAUGACAAUGGCCAAUUUUUGUACAGAAUCUAA